AUGAACUUUAUCAGCAGAUCGUCACUGCCCAGACGGGCGUUUCUGAAUGCUUAUCCCCUUGUGCGUGCUUUCCAUUCCACUUCCAUUCGUUUGCAGGAUAUCAAGGAUCCGUAUGAGACUUUAGGUGUGGGUAAAAAUGCUUCUUCCUCGGAGAUUAAGAAAGCUUAUUACAAACUAGCCAAGAAAUUCCAUCCAGAUAUCAAUAAGGAACCCAAUGCAGAGGCCAAGUUCCACGAUUUGCAAAAUGCUUAUGAAAUUUUGUCCGAUGAUACAAAGAAACAGCAGUAUGACCAGUUUGGGGCAGCUGCCUUUAACAAUGGAGCAGGUGGACCUAGCGGUGCAGGCGGGUUUCAUGGAUUUGGUGGUGCGAACCCAUUCGGUGGUAGUGCUGGUGGAUUUGGCAAUUUUGGUGGGAUCAAUUUUGAAGAUUUGUUCGGGGCUGCAUUUGGUGGUGGAGGAGGUCGUGGAGGUCCCAGUGGUGGAGGUUCAUCGAUGUUUAGAGAGUACAAAGGUGAUUCUGUUGAAGUGAUACAUCGUAUGAAGUUCAAAGACGCUGUCUUUGGUGCUAAGAAUGCUAAUUUGCAAUUCUCGGUACUCGAUCCCUGUGGUGUUUGUCAUGGUUCGGGGCUCAAGAAGAACGCUCAGAGCUCUACUUGUCCCAGCUGUCAUGGGACAGGGACUACCGUGCAUGUUAGGGGUGGAUUUCAAAUGGCUUCCACUUGUAAUCAGUGUGGAGGUGAGGGAACAACUGUACGCCCUGAAGACGUUUGUAGCAAGUGUCAUGGUGAAGGUGUCGAACUCAACUCGCAGAGAAGUAUUAGUGUUGAUUUGCCUCAGGGUCUACAAGAUGGUGAUGUCGUUAGAGUACCUGGACAAGGUUCUUACCCACACUUGGCUGUGGAUCCUAAGAUGAAGAAUUCGGUUAAAUUGCACAGAGGUGAUGUUCUUGUCCGGAUCCGUGUUGAUAAGGACUCUAGGUUCUCGAUCAGAAACAAGACCGAUAUCUGGUUCACUAAAGAGAUUCCAAUUACCACAGCAGCACUCGGUGGACAGGUUACUAUUCCCACUGUCGAUGACACCCAAAUUAGGCUAAAAGUGCAACCCGGAACCCAACACGACCAGGUCAUCUCGAUACCAAACAUGGGUGUACCACGUAUAGGUGGUGAACGUGGUGCCAUGAAGGUCCAAUACAAGAUUGUUAUUAAGAAACCACAGUCCAAGGCGGAAAAGUGUCUGUGGGAGGCUCUCGCAGACGUAACCAACGACCAAGCAGCUAGACGAACUGAGACGACUUCACAUUCGCCCGAAUCUACAAACAGCACAGCUACUACGAAUCCUGAUAACCCCAGUGCAUUGGGCAGACUCGAAAAAUUCAUCAGUAAUACAUUCAACAAGAUCAAAGGUGAUAAAUAG